AUGGGAGCCCCCAAGGCCCCAGAAGGCUAUCCAAUUGAUGCUGCAAAGGUCGUCAUCGAGGUCGUGACCGCAGGCCAUCUGGGGCUUGGACACACAUCUUUGGACCUAUCCCAUCCAGACCAACCACAACCACAAUCAACAUCACAUCACAGUCAUACAUGGCGGUGGCUUCGAAAGAUGUUCUUACGACCAUGCCAGGUUCUAUCCCUCCGAACGGCCAUCAUCAUUGACUGCCGAGUCCUCCCACGCCAGAGAAACCAUGCGUCCUUCCUCUCAAACCCUUCCGUUUCAGUCCCUGGAACAAUGCGACACACAUCUAACUUCGUGGUCGAGCGAGUGGUAAUCACAGCCGACCGCAAGAAAGCACAGCUGUUCUCAUCUGAAGGAGCUGCAAGAACCCAGCCAAUCUCGCCAACUCCCAAAGCUCGACUCGAUCGCCUCGAGGUUGGCUUGAUGGAUCUCCUGGGAGAACAGGAAGAUGCCCCUACACAAUUCAGCAGCCCAUCAUGGCAGCUGGAUUUUCCCGAAGGCGCCAGCAUCACUCGGCACUUCGAAUUCAAAUCCCAGCAAGACCGAGAUCGUGCCGUCCAGCUCGUCAAGACUGUUGCUGAUGAAAUGGACCAUCAUCCCCACCUGGCUCUGGGUGCCACAUCCGACCAUCCAUUUUGCAUGACCAUCACCUGCACCACACACCAACCACGAGGUUUAAGUGUGCGUGACACCAGGUUGGCCGCCAGGAUUGAUAGGUCUCUGGUCCCUCUGAAGCUUGAAGGUCUCCCAAAAGAACAGGACACGGUGAAAGAUGACAUUCUCCAAGAGCAAAAUAGAUUACUGGCUCUGAACAUGGCUGCCAUUGUUGAAGCGCUCGAUAGCUGUGCUUGUGGCACCAAAGACAUGCCCACAACGCCAGACACCUCGGUCAAAGCCGAUGGCGUAGGCUCCUCUAAAUCACCUUGAAAGACCUGCAUACAGUAGGGACUUAAGGCUGCCAAAAGCGCAGCACGUCAAAGACGGAAGGGUAAUAAUUGUAUGAUUACAGUAUGUAACAGUAUCUUGACGACAAAUCCAG